GCCAGGCUGCCUCGCGGUUGGCUCGUUAUGCACGUGGAGCUGGCUGCCGGCGUCGCGUGACCUGGCUGGCUGUGUUGGCGCAGGCCCAGUUCUGCCUGGCCGUCCUCGGCAUUGGAAGCAGCAGUAGAAACUGCGGGGAUUGUGGUGACCGGACGGGGCCGGGCCGGCAGGCAGGCGGUUAGGCAGGCAUGGCCGGACCCACGCAGGAGAAGAGCACGCUGCUGCACCUCUUCGCUGGAGGGUGUGGUGGGACAGUGGGCGCCAUCUUCACCUGUCCGCUGGAAGUCAUCAAGACGAGGCUCCAGUCUUCGAAACUGGCCUUCCGCACAGUCUACUACCCGCAAGUCCAGCUGGGCACGAUCAGUGGCGAAGGAGUGGUCCGUCAGACGUCUGUCUCCCCGGGCCUCAUCCGGGUCCUGAAAUCUAUUUUGGAAAAGGAGGGACCACGGUCGUUGUUUCGUGGGCUGGGGCCCAACCUGGUUGGAGUUGCGCCGUCAAGGGCCGUCUAUUUUGCCUGCUACUCCAAGGCCAAGCAGCAGUUCAAUAACAUCUUUGUGCCGAACAGCAACAUCGUCCAUGUCUGCUCAGCAGGUUCUGCAGCCUUUAUCACAAACUCGCUGAUGAACCCCAUAUGGAUGGUGAAAACCAGGAUGCAGCUGGAAAGGAGAGUCAGAGGUUCGAAGCAGAUGAACGCGCUGCAAUGUGCUCGCUAUGUCUACCAGACAGAAGGAGUCCGCGGCUUCUAUCGGGGCCUGACUGCCUCCUACGCUGGGAUCUCUGAGACCAUCAUCUGCUUUGCUAUUUAUGAGAGCCUGAAGAAGCACGUGAGCGAGGUCCGGUUGGCCCCUUCUCCCGCUGGCGGGACAGAGCGGAACUCCACAAGUUUCUUCGGAUUGAUGGUCGCCGCUGCCAUUUCUAAAGGCUGUGCGUCAUGCAUUGCUUACCCACAUGAGGUUAUACGGACAAGACUACGGGAGGAAGGCACCAAGUACAAGACGUUUGUCCAGACGGCGCGGCUGGUGUUUCGGGAAGAGGGCUACUUGGCCUUCUACAGAGGACUCUUUGCCCAGCUCAUGCGGCAGAUCCCAAACACGGCUAUUGUCCUGUCUACCUACGAGUUAAUAGUGUACCUGUUAGAAGACCGAGUUAAGUAGCCGACCAAGACUUGAAUUAAAAACGCACUCAGACAAACAAACAAAAAACUGUUAAAACUUCCACAGGCCAGUUUCUUCGCAAAGAGCCGUUUCAAACAGUCGGACAGGACUGGAGAGUUGGAAAAAUCAUGGAUCAUUUUGCUUGAUAACGCGCUCUCUUUUAAAAAGUUUAUUUUCUGCUCUUUUUUCUUCCUUAGGGGAUUCAUGCUUUCUGAAAGGUAUUGAUGUUUAAAUGUUAAUAGUUAAUUAUUACCUUUUUUUUAACUUAAAAGAGACGAGGUUCAGAAAUUAAAAACGACAAAACUAAAUUAAAAUCACUAUUUAAUUUACAUAACA